UAUAUAAAGAAUGAAUGACCAAGAGGUUAACAGUGGUGUGGCAGAGAUUGAUGGUUCUUGUCCAGAUAUCGAAAAAGCUUCUUCUUUAAAUAAUAUUCCUCCUGAAAUAAAACUUAAAACAGAAGUUUUUGGUAUUGAUUUUCAUCCGAUUUCAAAUGUUGUUGCUGCUGGAGAAAUAAAUGGACGAGUUACAUUAUAUAGUAUUUCUCCAGAAGGCAAUAAAACUUUGUUAACAUUAAAGCAGCACAAAAAAGCUUGUCGAUCUGUAUUAUUUUCAAAAACUGGAGACAAGUUGUACUCAUGUUCAAAAGACAAAUCUAUAAAAGUUACAGAUAUGAAUACAGGAAGUGUUUUACAUGAUAAACAGAAAGCUCAUGAAAAACCAAUCAAUUGUAUGGAAAUUAUUUCAGAAAACUACAUGGCUUCUGGUAGCGAUGAUGGCGUUGUGAAAAUUUGGGAUGCUCGUACAUUUAAUGUCAUAGCAGAGCAUAAAGAGCACAAAGAGUAUAUAUCUGAUAUGACAUGUGAUAAAGAAGGAAGAUUCUUGCUUUGCACAAGCGGAGAUGGUGUACUAUCUGUCUUCAAUACAAGAAAAAAAAAAAUAGAUGGAUUGUCUGAUCAACAAGACGACGAACUGUUAUCUGUUAAGAUAGCAAAGAAUAAACAAAAGGUAGUUUGCGGAUCUUCAAGUGGAUCUUUGUCUAUAUUCUCAUGGGGGGAAUGGGGGGAUAUUAGUGAUCGCGUACCAGAUCUAGGUGAUGGAAUAGACAGUAUAUGUCUUAUAACUGAUGAUGUCAUAUGUACUGGUUCAGGUGAUGGCGUCAUAAGCGCUUUUUAUGUUCAGCCUCAUCGUGCCGUUGGUAUCAUUGGUAAACAUGGAAGUUUUGGAAUUGAAAACCUUAAGUAUUCUCCUGAUAAGCUAUUACUAGGCAGUUCGAGUGAAACUACAAUUAAGUUUUGGGACGUCUCACACUUGCAAGAAGAAACGUGUGAACCUAUAAAGCAAAAAAAAACACAAAGAAAGCGAAAGUUAGAAGAGUCAUCUAAAAAAGAGAACGAUUUUUUUGCCGAUUUAUAAAAUUUUUAAAGAAAAAAAUAUUUACUAUA